AAGCGCAUGCGUCGCUCCCAACACGCUCGUAAGGAGACCGAGUUCCUGCGGCUGAAGAGAACCAGACUGGGUCUGGACGACUUCGAGUCGCUGAAGGUGAUUGGACGAGGAGCGUUUGGGGAGGUGCGUCUGGUCCAGAAGAAAGACACGGGACAUGUUUACGCCAUGAAGAUCCUUCGCAAAGCCGACAUGCUGCAGAAAGAGCAGGUGACGCCUAACGAAUGUGUCAUUAAAGGAGACAUAUUAU